GUGAUUGCGGAGCACAGACAGGAACAGGUGAAGAGUUACGGCCACUACGAAGUGGUGCAGGACGUGAAGGGCCAGACGACGUUCCUCCAGGAGUUGGACAGAAUCGAGAAACGCAGACACGAAGAACAGGAGCGCGAGGUUCUCAUCAAAGCCGCCAAAAGCCGAUCCAAAGCCGACGAUCCCGACCACAUCGCCAUCAAACAGAGGGCUAAAGAGAUGCAGCGCCAAGACCGAUCCAAAGCCGACGAUCCCGACCACAUCGCCAUCAAACAGAGGGCUAAAGAGAUGCAGCGCCAAGAGUUGGAAGAGCUGAGGCAGCGCGAGGCCAAUGAGACGGCACUGCAGGCCAUAGGAAUGCCGCGCAAACGCCUCAAAACUAGUUUGAAUUCGACGGCGACCAACAGCCCGGGCGGCGGCGCCGGUGCCAGCGGUUCGCCGUUUGGCGCCACUCAGUCGGCCAUCGCGUCCAGCCUUAGCUCGUCGUUCACUUUGGGCGCCAACCGUGGCCUAAAGCCCAUGCGGCGAAUAAAACGGGUCAGUCUUAAAGACCUGCACUUUUUGAUGGAGACCGAGAAGGACACAGUCAGGCGGCCGAUACUCUACAAGGCGUACCUUAAAUAGCGGCGCAACGACUGUCCGCUUUCCCCGACGUGUUGUCACCCUUUUUAUGUUCCCGUUAUAUAACAAAUACAAAACAUUUAUAUUUACAUAUA